AUGGCUAGUGAAGAAGACAUUACCGCGUCGGCCGUGAUCAAUCUUGUGUCGGCGGUGGCGUUUCUGAUGGCCUUUGCGUUCCUGCGCCUCCAGCCGAUCAACGACAGAGUCUACUUUCCGAAAUGGUACAAAAAGGGCGUGCGAGCGAGCCCCAAGAGUUCCGGGCCGUUGGUCAGCAAGUUCAUCAACUUAGACGCCAAAACGUAUUUGAAGUUCUGGACUUGGAUGCCCGCCGCGCUGCGAAUGCCGGAGCCCGAGUUGAUACAGCACGCCGGGCUCGAUUCUGCUGUCUAUAUUAGGAUUUACCUUCUCGGGCUGAAAAUCUUCGUACCUAUUGCACUUCUUGCUUUCGGGGUAUUGGUUCCCGUUAACUGGACAGGGAAAGCGCUGGCGAAUGACAAAGAUAUAACAUACAGUGAUGUCGACAAGCUUUCCAUAUCCAAUGUUCCUCCGGGAUCUUUAAGAUUCGUUGCGCACAUCGGAAUGGCGUAUAUAUUCACAUUUUGGACGUUCUACGUCCUUUACAAAGAGUACCAGAUUGUAACCAACAAGAGGCUCCAAUUCCUAGCUGCAGAGGAACGUCGCCCUGAUCAGUUCACAGUUCUUGUGAGAAAUGUUCCACACGAUCCGGAUGAAUCCGUCAGCGAGCACGUUGAACAUUUCUUUCUUGUGAAUCAUCCCGAUCAUUAUCUUUCACAUCAGGUUGUGUAUAAUGCAAAUAAACUUGCUAAAUUGGUGGAGGAGAAGAAGAGCUUACUGAAUUGGCGAACUUACUAUCAAACUCGACACGAGAGGAAUCCAAAGAAGAGACUUAGAACCAAGACAGGUUUUAUGGGCAUGUGGGGAAAGUCUGUCGAUGCCAUUGAUCACUACACAUCAGAAAUUGAGAAGAUAAGUGAGCGAGAAGCUGCAGAGAGGGAGAAGGUAAUGAGUGAUCCGAAGAACAUAGUUCCAGCUGCAUUUGUUUCAUUCAAGUCACGUUGGGGAGCAGCCGUAUGUGCUCAAACUCAACAAACAAGAAAUCCAACUAUUUGGCUGACGGAAUGGGCGCCUGAGCCACGAGACAUCUACUGGAACAAUCUUGCAGUACCAUAUUUCGAGCUAGCUGUCAAGAAACUCCUUGUGGCUGUUUCGUUGUUCUUCCUCACAUUCUUUUUCAUGAUCCCCAUUGCAAUCGUUCAGUCUGUGGCAAGUAUUGAUGGCAUUGAAAAGGUCCUUCCAUUUCUCAAACCGUUGAUUGAAGCGGGGAAGAUAAAGUCCAUUGUUCAAGGCUUUCUUCCCGGCAUUGCACUGAAGUUAUUCUUGAUCAUUCUUCCAACGAUCCUGAUGACAAUGUCCAAAAUCGAAGGGCAUGCGUCGUUUUCAUCUCUGGACAGACGAUCAGCUGCAAAAUAUCAUCUUUUUGUACUUGUAAAUGUCUUUGGCGGAAGUAUCGUCACAGGGGCAGCAUUCGAACAGCUCCAUAAGUUUAUCAACCAGGCCCCAUCAAAGAUCCCAGAAACAUUGGGUGUUGCCAUUCCAAUGAAAGCCACUUUCUUCAUUACCUACAUUAUGGUCGAUGGCUGGGCUGGGGUAGCUGCAGAAAUUAUCAGAUUGGUUCCUUUAAUCAUUUUCCAUCUGAAGAACACAUUUCUGGUCAAGACAGAACAGGACAGGGACCAGGCAAUGGAUCCUGGCUAUAUAAACUUCGCCUCCUACGAACCUCGCAUACAGCUGUACUUUCUACUGGGGCUCGUGUACUCAGCCAUCACACCAUUUAUAUUACCUUUCAUCAUUGUCUUCUUUGCUUUUGCUUAUGUGGUUUUCCGGCACCAGAUCAUCAAUGUUUACGAACAGAAGUAUGAGAGUGCAGCUGCAUUUUGGCCAGAUGUUCAUUUUCGUGUAAUCAUCAGCCUAAUAAUCUCACAAAUACUUCUGCUGGGACUGCUGAGCACAAAGGAUGCUGCACAAUCAACUCCAUUGAUGCUCGUACUUCCUAUCCUGACCAUCUGGUUUCAUCGAUUCUGUAAAGGACGGUUUGAGUCCGCAUUUGUUAAGUUCCCCCUGCAGGAUGCAACAGUGAAGGAUAUAUUAGAAAGAGUUACGCAGCCAAACCUGAACUUACAAGCUUACCUACAUGAUGCUUAUGUACAUCCGGUGUUCAAAUCAGCUGAGAUUGAAGGGGAAACAGCACCGGACAAAGAGGAGAAUAGUCCACUUGUUCCUACAAAGAGAACUUCACAGCAGAGCAGAUUCACUGCAGAAACUGUAUCAGACGAAACAGCAGGACAGCCAUGAGUAUUUCCACAUACCUGGCAGCAUUCCUUCCUACGCCGUGCUU